UGUCAGCUUGCCACCUGAAGCUGGGCAACGCAGAGGAGGCUGCUCAGGAAGUGUAGAGGGAAUAGCGUGCCCAGCACAGAGGCCAGCUGUCAGCCACUGGAGAGUGCAGUAAGAGCUACCUGGGCAGGAGCCAUGGCCUGGCCACCUUCCUGCUGGCUGUGGGUUCUGGGGACUCUGACGGGGCUCUCAGCCACCCCAGCCUCCAAGAUCUGUCCAGAGAAGCACUACUGGGUGCAGAAAGGACUGUGCUGCCCAAUGUGUAAGCCAGGAACAUUCCUCAGGAAGAACUGUGACUGGAACAGAAAGGCUACUCAGUGUGACUCGUGUAUACUUGGGAUUUCCUUCUCACCAGACCACAACACCCGGCCCCACUGUGAAAACUGCCGCCACUGUAACUCUGGUCAUCUCAUUCGAAACUGUACCCUCACGACCAAUGCCGAGUGCACCUGCCCCAAGGGCUGGCAGUGCAGGGACAGGGAGUGCACUGAGUGUGAUCCUGCUCCAAAUCCCUCACCGACCCCUCGUCCAUCGCCGGCCCUAGGCCCUCGCCCACAACCCACCCACUUACCUCACACCAAAAAGAUAGCAGAGGCCAAGACAGCCAGACACAUGCAGACUCUAGCUGACUUCAGGCCGACCCCAGCUCUCUCGACCCACUGGCCACCCCAGAGGUCCCUGUGCAGCUCAGAUUGCAUCCGCGGCUUUGUGGUCCUCUCUGGAAUGUUUCUUGUUUUCACCAUGGUUGGAGCCAUGUUCUUCCAUCAACGAAGAAAAUAUGGACUAAACAAAGGAAGUCCAGCGGUGCCUGGUGAGCCUUAUCCUUGCAGCUGUCCCAGGGAGGAGGAGGGUGCCACCAUCCCCAUCCAGGAGGAUUACCGGAAACCCGAGCCUGCGACCUACCCCUGAGCCAGCACUCCGCAGAGGGAAGGUCAUCUCUGCAACCAAGUCAACCCCACCCCACCAACCACCCAGAGGCAGAUACUUGGCACCCCCAAUUUCAGCACAUGCUUUCGUCAGGAUCCUUUCCUGUGUACAGACUUGAGAAAGUACCUUUCCAAGACCAGCAGUGACAAAGACACCCGGGAAUAAGGUGGGAGGUGGGAAGCAGGAUGUGUCCUGCCCUGGCCAGCUUCACCCCUGUGCUAUAGGAGGGCUGGGGCUCCAGUUGUAAAACACACCCUACGAAAGCCCCACAUGCGGUUUCACUGAUUUAGAAACUCUGAAAAAUAAAGUGAGACUGCCACACACAGCCGCUCUCCCGCUCGCUCUCUGAAAUGCCAAUCUCGCAGCGCAGGCCCCUCCCAGCCUCGGCUCCUAUCAGGGAUCUGAGGGAGGAGCUUCUCCCGGUGCAGAGGUGUGUUGGGGCCCUCCCAAAGGGGGAGGGGAAGACAGGCCAGGAGAUCGGGAGGAGAGCACCAACGGAAAAUGAGGACAGGUUCCCAGGCUACGGGGGUUCCUGCUUUAGGCUCCAGUCUUCUCCCUUCCUCUCCUCG